AUGCAGAAAACAGCCAGUGUCAAGCCGCGCGUUGAAGAUGUGGAUGGGGAUGUUGAGAAGCCGCACGUCGAGCAUAAUGAGGCCCUUGACCUGUUUACUCCACAAGAGCGCAAGGAGCUCACUCGUCGCAUUGAUCUGCGUCUUGUCGUGACUCUGGGGUGUCUAUACUGUAUCAGUUUGCUGGACCGGACGAACUUGGGUGCUGCAUCGGUCGCUGGAAUGCAACCAGACCUCAACAUGAACGCCUCCAAUAAUGGAUACAGCAUAACUUCACUGGUCUUUUUCAUUACGUAUACCAUCUUCCAGAUCCCUGCGACGGUGAUCAUCCGCAAGCUCGGGCCACGUAUCUUCCUGUCGGCCAUUGUCCUCCUCUGGGGCGUCAUCAUGCUUUGCUUCGGAUUCGUCCCGUCGUGGCCGGCAAUGGCAGGGCUGCGUGUUAUUCUGGGUGCUCUAGAAGCUGGGUUCUAUCCCGGAUGUGUAUAUCUCCUCAGUACGUGGUAUACACGGUAUGAGCUGCAGAAGAGAAAUGCUGCUUUCUAUCUCAUCGGCAGCACGGCGUCUGGGUUCGGCGGUAUCCUCGCUUACGGGUUGAUGCAGAUGGAUGGACUUGGAGGGAAGGAGGGCUGGCGGUGGAUUUUCAUUAUUGAAGGGAUACUCACUUGCGUCCUAGGUUUGUCGUCGUAUACCAUCCUCGUGGACUUCCCCGAGCAGUCGCCGAAAUCAUGGAGGUUUCUCAACGAGGACGAGGCCGCACAUGUUAUCGCGACUAUCGAGAACGACCGCUCUGAUGUAUUCGCAGAGGAGUUCACCGUCAGGGGGUAUCUUCAUAAUGCGAAGGAUAGCAAGGUAUGGCUGUAUGCCAUGCUGUAUCUGUUGACAACGACGAAUACCUACGCGAUUGCGUAUUUCUUGCCGAUCAUUCUGCAGGACAGUAUGGGCUUUUCGGUUGUGAAAGCUCAGUGUCUUGUAGCGCCGCCGUAUGUCGCUGCUGCCAUUGUUAUGUACCUCCAGGGCAUGAUUGCGGAUAAGUGGCGUGUUCGAGGGCCCAUCGUGGCCAUUAACGCUGCAAUGGGCCUUCUGGGACUAGGGCUGUUGGGAUAUCUAGACGAUCCUGCCCCGAGAUAUUUUGGAGUGUUUCUGGCUACGAUUGCUGGGAAUUCGAAUUGCCCGGCUCUCGUGUCAUGGCAGAGUAACAAUAUCCGAGGCCAGUGGAAGCGAGCCCUCACAUCGGCGACGUUGAUCGGUGGAGGCAGCAUUGGCGGAAUCCUCGGGACGACGGUCUUUCGGGCACAGGACGCUCCCAGCUAUCAUCCAGGCCUGUUAACUACGGUGUUGGCCAAUGCGGUUAUUAUUUUUAUUGUUGGGGCAUUAAUGUUAAAGUUUCAUCUCGCAAAUAAGCGUGUUGAUGCUGGUGGGAAGCCGAUUGAGGGAUUAGCUGGGUUCAAGUAUACAUUGUGA